UUCUAUCACCCCCCUGAACAGCUGUCCUCGCAAAACCACCUUCUAUUUUUUUAAUGUUUCGCUCACCCCUUGUUUUCCUUUCCGCUCGAUUAGGUACUGUUGACCGUCACCCAUCGUCCGCAGCGACAUCACCCCGUGAGGCCUCGGAGCGAGCGGGCUGACCGACAUCCCUCCGCCGGAUGCCCAUCGCCCAACGGGUGGGCCUUGAACCAUGGGUCAAAAGGUGACUGGGGGGAUCAAAAUGGUGGACAUGCGGGACCCGGUGUGCCGGCCGCUGAAGCAGGAGCUGCAAGGCCUGGACGACAGCAAGCCAGCUCGACUGGACCUCCUUCUGGACAUGCCUGCCGUCCCCUACAACGUCCAGCUGCUCCAUUCGUGGAACAACGACGACCGCUCGCUCAAUGUCUUUGUGAAAGAGGAAAACAGGCUGACUUUCCACCGACAUCCGGUGGCCCAGAGUACCGAUGCCAUCCGGGGCAAAGUGGGGUACACCCGCGGGCUCCACGUCUGGCAGAUCACCUGGGCCAUGAGGCAACGGGGGACGCACGCUGUGGUGGGUGUGGCCACGGCCGAGGCCCCUCUGCACUCGGUGGGCUACACCACCCUCAUCGGGAGCAACCCCGAGUCCUGGGGCUGGGACCUGGGCCGCAACCGGCUCUACCAUGAUGGGAAAAACCAGGCCAGCCAGACCUACCCGGCCUUUCUGGAGAUGGACGAGACCUUCAUCGUGCCAGAUGCGUUCUUGGUGGUGCUAGACAUGGACGACGGGACCCUCAGCUUCAUCGUGGACGGGCAGUACAUGGGCGUGGCCUUUCGGGGGCUGAAAGGGAAGAAACUCUACCCCGUGGUGAGCGCCGUGUGGGGCCACUGUGAAAUCCAGAUGCGAUACUUGAACGGCCUUGACCCCGAACCUUUACCGCUGAUGGACCUGUGCCGGCGUUCGGUGCGCCUAGCUUUGGGCAAGAACCGGCUGAAUGAGAUCUCGACGCUGCCUUUGCCCAAAUCUCUCAAAAAUUAUCUUCUUUACCAAUGACCCUUUUUGAACACCGGAAGGACAAGAACUCUUCCUUUUGGAGCGAAUUGUGUUGGAUUCGUCAAGUCAAAAUCUUGGGGGGGUGAGGUUUCAUCCUUGCGUGUUUUUAAAGAAAUCUGUCCCACGUCCCAUCCGUGGGCCACGCCGCGAGUGGAAAAAGCUCCCUUUUUUUUCCCAAGAUCCCAUCCCGGUGGGAAUUUUCUUCCAGAAAAGAUUCCAGCCCUGCCUUUCUGCAUCCUAGUUUGAAUUUCCCGCUUGUCCGUCAACCGCGAAAGCCGGGCGGCCCCCGUGGAGUUUUGCCGAGUGGGGGAGGAACACCUCCGCGGCUCGUCCAUGUUGGAGAUGACAGAGGUGCAGGAAUCAAGACGGUGGGCCAACCGGGAUGCAGGAAAAGGGACGAGGCCCCCACAGGAUGUGGGGGAGGAUGGCCUCAGGGAAGAAGCGAGCCACUGCUUGGGAGAUCUUCCACCUGCGGUCCCUCGGCUGCACUUUUUCCCUGCCUUCACCGCCGUGCCUUGGUGCCCACCAAAUCGCCCGGCUUCACUGCUGCAUGGCUCACCUCCCAUCUCUUGCCGGAGAAAAAUACUUGAAAUGAACAUUUGGGGUGGGGUGGGGGGUGUCCUAAAGAUCAAUGGGGGUGGGGGGAAGGGUCUGGGAGGGAGUGAUGCCCUAAUUCAGCCCGUAGCAUCCCCUGGCUUAAGAAAAAAAACAAAACACAUUUUUUCUUCAUUCGUCCUUGCCGAGGAUGGAGGAAUGGGCACGGGUGAAUUCCCCUACCACUUCCGGCUAGGGAUUUUGGAGUGGUGUGUGUGUGUGUGUGUAUGUGCCAGAAACCUCAGGCUCCAAUGGGGGAAAGAGUGUCUUAAAAAAUGGUGGGAAGGUGGUUACGCCAGCUAGCCCAAGUUCCAUCGUGGAUUCCUGGUUUGCGAUCGGACUACAAUCCCACUUAGCCGGGCUCAAAUUCAGCGGCUGACUCAGAAUCCAGCUCUUGAAUCGGGGGUCAGGGGGCUCCUAAGCCCCUUCCUCCACUUCCUGGGCUGGUCAGGCAUCGCAGGAUGUCCCCCCCCCUCUCCCCCCAAGGGUGAUAAACCUAGACUAGCAAAUAUCCUUGAUCCAACCAGCAGGGGAAAACAAACAAACCUUUAUUUUCGAUACUGCCUUCCAAGGGAUUUGAUUUGCACAUAUUUUAUUAACCUGAAAUGGAGGUGGGAAAAGCUUUGGGUUGGGGUAUUUUUUUUUUGUUCCCACCCACCCAAUUGGUCUACAGGUGUGUUCUUUUUAUUUGAUGUGUGGGCUUCUCUAUUUGGAGGGGGAAAUGUUAAUAUAUUGAUACGUGUGUGUGUGUGUGUGUGUGUGUGUACGUUUUGCAUUGUUUUGAAUGUAAAAAUGCUGGAUUGUUGUUGGGGUUUUUUUUGUUGUUGAUGUUUUUAAGUUCAUGCUGCUGUAGAAAAAUUGUAGUUAGUUAGUUUUAAAUGAAGAAGAAACAAUUAGGUUAGUUAGGAUUUUUUGUUUUUUUUCUUUUUAAGCACACAACAUGGUGCCAAAGUAAGUUUUGGGAGGCGAUCUUUGUGCGCAUCUCUUUAUUAUUAUUAUUAUUAUUAUUUUAAAUCAAGGAAUAAAACCAAAACUGUUUUCAAGUGGAACACUUUAACAAUUGCACAGAAAAGGAUUUUUAAUGUGUGCAGAGCCAAGCAUUUUUAAUUGUCUUCAAGUCUCCCCUUUUCCCACUCACACCGAAAGUCAGGCACGGAUGUGAUUUUCUUUCUUUCUUUCUCGUUUUGUUUUAUUAUAUGGAGUAUUUCAUUUCCCCUUCCUUCCAUUUUUUUUUUUUUUUGGUGCACAUCGUUGGUGUGACUGGCUUAUACAAUUUUUUUUUAAAAAAAAACAAAACCUCUCACUGGCUUUUUUUUUUUUCCUCUCCUCCCCUUUUGGACUGUAGAUGAUUAGGACCCCCGAUGAAAGUGAAAGAGAACGAAAAUAAAAAUGUAUUAAUAG